GGGCUGGCUGCCUAUUGAUUGGAAAACAACGGGCUGUGGGAGGACAGAUAAGGGUGGCUGUGGGCUAACGGGUAAGGGAAGGGAUACAGACCAGAGCUCAGACCACGCUGCCAUCUUUACAUCCCUGAUUUGGAUUUUCUCUCUUUCCCCCUGGAAUGAAUGUAACUGCUGCUGCUCGUCCGUGGGUAUUGCAGCGGAGGGAGGAUUAGGCACAGAUUCUCCUCGUCCGAGAAGAUCCUGCCUCCACACCAAGCCAUAACAACAGCAGCGCAUCUACUGCAGGGCUCAGAGAUUAACAGACAGUAUGGAAGCCCCUCUUGUGUGUUUGGAUGAGGAGUUUGAGGACCUCCGGCCCUGCCGCAUGGAUGAGUUGGACCACCCAGCGCUCAAACACUCCUCUUACUCCACCACCUCCACCGUACCUCUGGCCUCCAUCACUCGCGAGGACUUCUCUGAGCUGGAGAACUUCUCUGAGAUGAUGAGCUUCAAGUCAAUGGAGGACCUGGUCAACGAGUUUGACGAGAAGCUCAAUGUUUGCUUUCACAAUUACAACACCAAGACGGAGGUCCUGGCGCCCAUACGCAACCAGUCACACAACCAGGAUGAUGAAGAGAGGCUGCAGGAUGAAGAUGUGUGGGAUGCUCUAACCGACAACUACAUCUCCAACUGGGACGGCACGGACUCAGAGGGACUCAACGGCAAUCUUUCUGACCAGGAGAUCCACGAAAAAGAGGAGGAGGAGAUGAAUGAGAAGAAUGACAAUGCCAACUGCCUGAAUGAAGAGCCUCUUAUCACAGCUGAUCAGGUCAUUGAAGAGAUAGUCGAGAUGAUGGAGAACUCUCCGGAUCCUGGCGAAACUGAGGAGGAGGAUGAAGAGGAGAGCAGCCACUGCUCCUCCAGGACUAACCCCUCCCUGCUGGAGGAGAUCAGGCAGCUGUCACAGGCCUCCAACAACAAUUGCUCCUAUGAAGGCUUGAGUCUGAUGCCCAGCUCAGCGCUCGUCGAACUGCUGCAAAGGGUCGAGGCCGCCAUCCGCGAGUACUCCGAGGAGCUGGUCAGCCAGCUGGCUCGGCGUGAGGAGCUGGAGUUUGAGAAAGAGGUGAAGAACACGUUCAUCACGGCCCUGAUGGAGGUGCAGAACAGGCAGAAGGAGCAACGGGACAGCAGUAAACGCAGGCGCCGGGACAAGACCCUGAGCCUGCAGGGGGGAGGGACGUCUCCUGUGAGUGCAGGGAAUACAGCUCCCAUGGGCCACACGGAGAAGACAGGGAGCAUGCCUGUCAAGCGUUUCAGCAUGGAGGGACUGUCUAACAUCCUGCAGACGGGUAUCAGACAGACAUUUGGAAGCACAGGAAAUGAGAAACAGUAUCUUAAUACAGUUAUUCCAUAUGAGAAGAACGGCACCGCUCCAUCUGUUGAAGACCUGCAGAUGCUCACAAAACUUCUUUACGCCAUGAAGGAGGACAGUGAGAAGGUGCCUACACUGCUAACUGACUACAUAUUGAAAGUCUUGUGUCCUACCUAAAGCACGGCGAGGCCAGAGGCCACAGUGUGACGGACGGCUUUUCCAACCCUCCUCGCCUCUGGCCCAGGAUGCAUGACCUCCCAUCUUUAACCAUUAUCAAUCAUGGAUCCUCACCAUCGACAUUAUUGUAUUCACCUCAACUAUGAUUACUGCCUUUCGCUGAGCUCACCUUCGCCCUUCCUGCACAUUAAUCUCAGGCCAGACCCAAAAUGGCCUCCAUCUGAAUAGUUAAACAAGUGGGACAGCCUUUCCCUCUUUUAAAGGACUUCACUAAUGGAGCAUGACAUGCUAUUAAAUAUCACAACACCACUUGGGUACAGGGAUACAACGCUAACGUUGCUUUCUUUUCUUUACCCUCUUUACUUUAGAGUUCCUUUCUCUCUUUUCUUUGUUUCCUCUGACAUAAUCUCAAUGUUGCCAAGUUUUGACACUUAUUCUUAAACUGACCUCUUAACCACUGGGUUCUGUUGAUUCUUGUAUUCAUUGAUUUAUAAAGACUUCACUGUAAAACAAAUGAAAUGCGUACUGCGUUCACAUGUGGUCAUCUCCCUGUAUUGUUUCAGAUGAAAACAAUGAUUCAUUUGAAUACAAAAGCCAUGCACCUUUUUCUGCCAAUUUAGUACUGUAGCUCCAAGUGGAUGAAAAGAAACACACGGCUAUUACGGGUGCAGUGCAGUGCAUUAUACAACUCUUUUUGCUUUACUAAAUAUCCAGUGUUCUUUGGACGUUUUUGAAAUUUCUUUCUAAAUAUUUUAUAUAAACUCUGUUGCUGAUUUUCUACUUUUAUUUACUGUGUCAUUCCACCCUGUUCAGUAUAUGUGGAGAUGUAUCACUGACUUUUCUUUGGAUAUAUCAUCCCCUGAUGAGAUGAGCUCAUUUCAAUAAAGGCGUGCAUAUUAGCAUAUUUAUGACUUAUUUUGCGCCAUGUAGGUGAAUGUUACAUCGCUAAUCGCAAAUUCUAAUAAACAUUCUACCCUCGCGGUGACUGCA